ACGGACGCGUCCCCCUAACCUCUGACGUCGACAAUCGUCUCCCCUCAGGUCCUCUUGUGAUUUAUUUAGGCUUGAACAGAGGCACAGUCUACGAGACGUACGCCCUAUCUAAGGAUGUGGCUUAUUACUGGACCAUUUGACGGGGAAUUGGGGGAUAUAAAGUCUACUAAGACGAAGCUCCUGCGAACAGGGAAGACCUACCAUCUCGGGCGGAAGGACAAGGAACUCCUUGUGAGGAAUACGAAGAUAUCGGUGGACCAUGCACAGUUCACUGUGGACCCUUACACGGAGGAGGACAUGAAGGAUCCAAGUUUCGUUCCAAAGCUAGUGGUUUACAAUCAGAGGAAGAAAGAAAUGGCCGUUGCCCGACCCGACGAUGAUAAGGAUGGGAUAACGGUAGAGGCCGGCACGUCUUUUGAGUUGCGGAGUGGAGAUGCGCUUUACCCUCUUCAGACCCGGGGCCUUUACAUUGAGGUGGAGUGGAGACGUAUAACUUGUUGUAUGCCGCCUGGCAAGGGAAAGCCACCAGUUUCCAUAGAGGCAUGUGCCUCAGUAGGAAUCGGUGUUCUUCACGAAUCUCACAAACUCACGACACAUCACAUCGCUGCCAAGUUUGAGCUUAACCCGCUGCUUAUGGCUUCCCUCAUAGCGGCUGCACAGGUCGUAAGACCCGACUGGCUAGCUGGGCUCGUCAAGCUUGGCAACGAGAGCGUGCAAGAGAACCCUUACCACUGCUCUGCCCUCGAGUCUGAAUUCGCACAUCUGCCGGAGGCGAAGUACUACAAGCCGGUGUUUGGUGCUGCUCUGCCCACAGACUUGAAGUCUUUUAGGCACUGGGAGCCGAAUGAAGUGCGCAUGGAUCUGUUUGGAAGCUUUCGGUUUAUCUUGCUCCCAGGAAAGGAUGGCAAGGUGGACGGCGACCUUAGGGGGCUAGUUGUAUGUGGAGGGGCGGAGUAUGAGGUUUUCGAGGGCAGUCUGACGGGUUCUGGUGGGUGGCAGCAAGUUUUGGCCAGAGGGAAAAGGAAAGCGGACAGUUCAGGGAAGAUUUUGAUUAUCGUUGGAGAUCAGGUAGCCUUGGGUAAAGAGGCAUGGAAUUCAGUAAUUGCGGGUGCUGCGAGCCUCAACGUCUACGUUAAACCUCCCAAGGUUCUUUUAGAGGCAGUUGCGUUUGUCGACUGCAGUGAGCUAGGAAAGACGGAUCAUACCCAGGCUCGGGAAGUAACUCCUCCCGAUUCGUUACCCGACUUUGUUCCAAAUACUCAUCCUGAAGAACCAUCUAUCCCACCACCAGCGUAUUGGCGAGCAGCUGAAAAAGCUCAGGACGACGCUCCUACUCAGGAUUCUCCAGAGGAGAAAAACCAAGAGGAUUUUCUAAUGGCCGACUUAAUUCCAAAAACGAAGCCUCGAAAGGUUCUCACUCGCCGGAUUCGCCAAGCCACCGUCGAGCCUACAUCAUCUCAGCCUGCUGAAGCCAAAGCAUCGACGAGCAGACCACCGGACUCUACGGGUCGACCACCGUCUUUAAGUCGCCCUCCGGAUUCGGGUGGCAGUGUCACGGAUGGAGGUCUUCCUAUCCCAGCUAGUAUAAACCGUCCUAGAUUGAGGAGGCGAGAGCGGACACCGUCACAAAGCAAACCCUCGGGAAUAUCUGAAAUACUCCAAAUUUCCGAGGAGCCUCCUCUCAAAAAAUUCAAGGCCCUUUUUGAAGCUAGCGAUCCUGAUAAAAUGGGUGCGAGUGGCCUGGCAGUGUUCGACAAUGAUCAGAGUAUCAGGCCCUCGUCAGCGAGCAUGACACAGAGUGACAGUCUGAUGACUCCUGUGGCCGCCCCUGCCGUACUUGAAGCAGUCCCAGAAGAGGAGGAGGAAAGCACACUGUCGCAGGCUGCUCAUCAUCCGCCAGCGGAGAAAUCACCAACUCCUCCCCGGGGUCAAAGUGCGGCGCCAAACGACCAACCGUUAGACGAAACGCGAGCCCGCCCGGAUAGCAAACGAACAAAUCUGAGAAAGGAAGGAUCGAAAAAGCUCGAUACGGACGAGGCAUUCUUGAAGGCUCUCGCGUCGACGAAGAAGGGCAAGAGGACUGAGGACGACUUUGAUCGAGAGUUCAAUCAGCUACGCAUCUCGAGACCGGACUUGCAGGAGGAGGUCGACGACGAGCCUUGGAGGAUGAUCGGUGACUUUGAUGAUUUGCGGAAUAUUCGAGGGAACUUUAUGGUCGUGGUAGACCUCGACGUUCAAGACAAGGGCUGGAGAAACUCCAAUGUCAAUAGGAGCACGAACCCCCUUUGGGCGGGCCGGCCAAAUUUCAAGAAGUUCAAGAAGAAAAACUCUGCUUUCUCUCGCCCUAGGAUUGAGUUGAUGGCGAGCGAAGCGAACGACUAUGGCAUGGGCUCUGGAUAUUGGAAAGCAAGCUCGGAGACGAUGUCUUCUUCCAAGACCGCCUCUAGCACCCAGUUCCCGAGUCAAAGAGCCAUGUCGCGUCAACGUUCGGUUACCGUGGAUUUCUCGG